ACACUCUUGACUGAUCACCAAGAGUAAACAACUAUUAGAAUUGUUGUGCUGACUCUGAAAUUAUAUCGGUGGACGAUUAAUUUAAAGGUUGGUAUUAAUAAUUUUAAUUCACGCAAUCAUUUGCUUUAGUGUGAAGAUAAGUACAUCUUAUUUUCCACACUAAAACCCUACAUUGUGUUGUUUAUUCUUAAAUAAAAGCUUGAACACAUGCAUCCAGUUUCUGUGUUAUCGCAUGAAAAUUAAGAUUAAAAUUCACUGUGACGCUAGAGGGGGGCCAACUGCAGUCUUGCCGAGAGCACCAAAUUGGUGUGGGCCGGCCCUGACACACUUUGACAUUUGAGUAUUGAAUGGUGUCCUAAUCAAGAUGUGUUUGAUGUCACAGGUGAUUGGCAGGAGGAAGAGAGUCUGACGGAGGAGCAGAGGAGCGUUGGCAGCCAUUUUGUCUGAGCUCAGCACUGGAGGAAAAAUGGGUUCUUCACAAAAAAAACAUAGAAGCAAGCUUGGAGUGAGACGUGUGAACUGUAAGGAGGAGGACAGAGGCUCCCCAACAACAGCCAACAGAGAUAAAUGGCUCAGUUGUGAGCAAUGUGGCAAGAGUUUUAAGACAGCAACACAACUAAGAGUUCACCAACGUAGUCACACUGGGGAAAAACCGUUCAGCUGUGACCAGUGUGGGAAGAGUUUUACUCAUAGAUAUAGUUUAAAAUCCCAUCAACUCNUCCACAGUGGAGUCAAAGCGUUCAGCUGUGAUCAGUGUGGGAAGAGUUUUACUCUGAAAGCUCGUUUAAAAUCCCAUCAACUUACCCACAGGGAAGGUAAACCAUUCAGCUGUGACCAGUGUGUGAAAACCUUUGGUGAACAUGAACUGUUGAUCCUUCGAUGCCCCCACUCUGGAAUGAAGAUGUACCACUGUGACUGUUGUGGAAAAGUUUUCAAAAACCAACUGAGCCUAAAACGUCAUCGACGCAUCCACACUGGACAAGAUGUUUAUGUAUGCGAUCACUGUGGUGAAACAUUUGUACAGUACGGACACUUAAAAGCCCAUGAAGUUACCCACACCGGGGUUAAACCGUACCAUUGUGACCAAUGUGGGAAAGGCUUCAGCUACACGUCCUCCCUAAAGGUUCACCAACGUGUCCACACUAGGGAGACACCAUACAGCUGUGACCAGUGUAGCAAGACUUUUAGUACUUCAGGUUCCCUGAAACAACACCAACGGAUCCACACCAGGAAGCAGCGCCACAGCGAGCAGAGCGGCACAGAUGGACAAACCUCUCAGACUUGUCAGCACUCCGCCAGUGGUGAACAGUGCUGUUGUGACCAGUGUGGACGAGCUUCCUACCAACAAGGAACCCUCCAGAGACACCAGUGUAUGCACACUGGACACAGACUGAACCCCUGCAAAGAACAUUUCCCCAAGCGGAGUUCAGUGAAAGUUCAUGAAGACACCCACAACCUUAAAAUUCUUGAGAUCAGGCUUCACAGAAUUCAGGUUUAAUGUCUUGGUUAUUUAUUUCUUAAUUUGUUUAUUUAGACGGGACAGUGUGUAUUUAUGAACAUCCAAUCUCAGGUUGCAGUAAAUACGCCGGAUGUAGCACAAGGCUAAUUACCAUCCAGUGUCCCACACACAUUAAAGACAAACACACGUGGAUACAGAUGUAGAAAAGAGCAGAGGAAAAAAAGAAAUGAAUAAUAAUAAUAAAAUAAAUAAAAACAACACUAGUAAAAGACAGACAGUGGCGAUUAGAUCGAGUCAGACUUAGUUGUACCGACCCUAAAGUGUUGUUGUGUCUGUAAAAGUCUUUUCAGGCACAGCCUGUCACAAAGUGCCUGUUUUUGAAGUGCCUGAUUUUCUCAAUGUUCACACGCUUGAUUGUUGAUCAGCCAUGUCGUCUUUUAAAACUGACAAAGUUAUGGGGCGCCGCUAUAGCUCACCUGGUUUGAGCUGGCGUCCCAUGUGUAGGGC